AUGUCAUCAUCUCUUCCACUUACAUCCUCUAUAUCUGGCACAAACGCAAAUGGUCAUGGUCAUUCACGAAACGCUUCAACAUACAUAUCAGCCGAAGCUGGUCGACCUAGCAGUACGAACAUCUCAAAUCCAAGUGGUCUAACACAGAGAUCACCCAGUCCAUCACCUACCAGACCAACAUUCGGAUUCAACAAUGAUGUCCCCAUACCCCACUCGAACGGUCCCAUAGCAUUAGACAAGUCGCUCUCAGGAUCUGGUUCUGGUUCUGGGAUACAGCCAGGAGGGGGAUGGAGUAGCCUGACGCCCCAGAGGGUUGGGAAAGCUAUCGGAGCGAGGUUCAUGAGAGCUGUCAGGAGAGGGAAUUUACCGUUUCUGUUGGUCUUCUUUAGUUGUACGAUAGUAUUCUUCUCAGCCUUAGCAGGAGUAGGGUAUCACGAACCCCUUCCUGAUUCCCUCUCUGGUGUCGGAUCACCAACACCUACUGAGGCAAUUGCGAAUCCCGGAGAGUUUAGGGUGGGUGGACCGGUUUUUGAUGAUAGGAAAGGAUUAGAGAGGAGGAUAGCGGAACAGAGGGCUUUAGAAGAAUCUUGGGCGAGGAAGAGGAGACCUAAGGAUGGCGCAUGGAUGCGUAAACAACGUGACGACAAGGCAAUCCGACGUAAACCCAACCAAGGACAAGGUACAGCUACCUCGGGAAAUAAUGGCGAUAGUAAAGAGACAGUUGGAGUAGUUGUGGAAGGUGGUCAGGGUUUAGCUAAGAGGGAUAUCAUCAGUACGACGGCGAUUUAG